AUGCACAUCACCCACGAGUCAGAAGAGGAGUUCCAGUCUUGGCGAGAACACGAGCUGUGGUCACUCUAUCAGACUGUGGUGGUGGACUUGCGCCCGGCCUCCUGCCCGCUCGCGAGGCUCGUUAUCCAGCUCGAGUCAGCGGGUCACGGACGUCUCCCCGUGCGCGCCUCGUACGCAGUGCAAACAACAGCAGAUGUUUGCGUGUUUGUGUGGAGGAGAAAAGAGAUGUUAGGAGACGUGGUUGUUAUGGUGGCGAGCUGCUGUCUGCAAAGGUAA